CCCUGUUCACUCGCCAUUACUGAGGGAAUCCUGGUUAGUUUCUUUUCCUCUGCUGACCAAUAUGCUUAAAUUCAGCGGAUCACCAUGUCUGAUCUGAGGUCACCUCUCGGAGGGGAGGCACCGGCGCACCGCAGGGAUGACAGCGCAUCCCAACGCACCCCCGAUGAUCCAGAUCCACCAGGCGAGGCGAGGGGAGAGGCAGGAGCGGCCGCAGGCGCUGGACGGAGGGGGGGGUGGGUCGCCUCGGACACGACGCCUCCCCGGCUGCGCCCCCGGCGACGUCACAAAGGCAGGCAGGGAAGUAAAGCGCAUCAGAGGCCGCGGGGACGACGGGGCGGAGCACAGGCCAGCAGGCGCGGACGGGGGCGGUGGGGAGAAGAGACACCUCGACCGUCCCCGGACCCCGAGGGGCGCGCCGCGAGGGGCGCGCCGCGUGGCACGAGGGAGAGAGGGGGUCGCGAGGAGGGGCCCGCGGGCGGCCCCCUUUUCCCCCUCUGCCUCCCGAUGAGACUAGACCCUCCCUCCCCAAAAACCGCCCUUCUCUCCCAGGCACCUCGGCGGCUCCUGGGCCGGGCAGGGAUGGCCGAGACACGGCAUCACCCCAACCUAGCCCCGCGCCCGGGCUCGGGACACGCAGCGUGGCGGUGGGCCGCGGCGACCCCAGGGACAGGCGCGCGACGGCGGACGACGCAGCAGCAUGCAGUGGGUCACGGCCGGGACACGCAUCCCCGGGGCGCGGCCCCGAAAGGGCAACACGGCGACGCUGGGGAAAAGGGGAAGAAGAGGAGAGGGUGGGGAGAGGGGGAGCUGGGCCUGACCGCCGGCCGCCGGUGGCGGGCGGCGAACGACGGCGACCCAGACGCCACACCCUCACGCACCCAAACCUUGUCCCCAACCCCCGGCGCCCACCGGCCCAGACGCGCCGACAGGCGCGACUGGCGCCGGAACCCAGUCGGGCCCUCCCGGGCGAACCCCGAGAGGGGGGAAGGCCUGGCCACGCGCGGCAGGAGGCAUGUCCCAAGAGGAUGGCACCGUGGUGGCCACGGGAGAAACCUCGGCGUGAGGAAGUCCUCCUGGUCUCUCUCCCUGGUCGUGAGCGCGGUGCGACCCCACCACGCCCCCCACCCCACGCGCCAGGGACCGGCCUUCGUGGGGGGAUCGGGCGGAAGAAGAGGGGCCACUGCCAAGCACCAGCCGAGUGAUCCACCGCUAAGAGUCCUAGGAGGUUUGAUGGGCGAGGGCCACCGUGGAGGGAGGCCCUCCUGGCACGACACCUUCCCCCCCCAAAGGAGGAGGGAAUUGCCUCAGGCCGGCCAGCCAAGACAAGACCAGACUCCGAAAGCCACCACAAGAACAGACGACAGACGACCGCCGGGGGCGGGGUGGGGUGCGGAACACGUCCCGGGCUGGCGGCGGGAGACGACGGGAUGCGGCGGGACCCGGGUGGCCCGGAGUCCCCGCCCCCGCCGCGGUGAACUCCGGCAAACUCCACAGCGGUGGGACCGCCGCGCCUCACCGCGCAUCCCGAGAGACAAACCAGGGAAAUUAAAAGAAUUACUAUUUUGAUUGUGAAGAAUUUCAGAAAGAAUGUUAAGUUUACAAACAAAAAGAAAUAACUUGAGACAAAUUCCAAGUGUCUGACAAAAUAAAUUCAUACGUGGAAAAUUGAGAUUUAAUAAUUUGGGGCAUUAGGUGCCCAGAAGAAUAAAUAAUGCAGGCAUAAUCUACUAGUUAUUGUUGGUGCCACUGUUCAAUAAAUGCCUCCAAAUCUAUAGGAUGCCUAGAGUAGAACUUGGACUUGUUCUAUACCCUCGUAUUUGUUAUGGGAAACAUUAUAAAUAUGUUUAUAUUGAUUAAUACUAAUUAUUGAGCACAGAAUAAUAGCAAAGUUGAACACACUGUGUGGGCUUCCUUUUUCUCAUAUUCACAUUAAUGCUGCCUAACCUUGCCCACUGAUUUGCAAUUAUUGGUCAAUUGUAGACUUACUGUAAAUCCACCUCCAGAAUUUUCUUACAUUUUUCUCUAUAAUGUUAGGGUUCAUUGUCACUUAUUCCCAUUUAUUCUUUCUGUUCUCUGAAAAGACAGGGAUAAAAAUCAGGUACCUUAUUUUUGCUGGCCAGGAAAUUCUGUUUUGGUGUCUCAUUGUUUGAACAAACUCAACUUAUUUGUUAAAGCAUUUUUUUAAUAUACUGCAAAAAAGAGAAAGGCAUGGCUUGAUGUGAGUCAUAUUGAUACAGUAAAUGUCCUACUAGACAUGUGACAGUCUAUUAAUAGUUUACAAAUGAAUACAAAUAAUAUGAAAUAGACCGUACACAUAUUGGUUGUUUGAGCUAUUUUUUAUACUGAACGAAAGUGUUAUAUAGAAGUUUGGAAAAGUCAGUAUUGUACUUAGAAUUCAGUAGAACUCUGUUUUGUUUAUUUUAGCAGUAAAAGCAAAUUGCAAAAUAAAGGAAAAAAACUGCAGUCAUGCACUAAUCCACUUGCCAUCUAAAGUUAUGCAUGUGUAUA